GUUCGCCGCCUCACGCGCGGACCUGGACUUCGCGGCGGCCGAGCCCUCGCGGACGAUGGGCCCCGCCCUGGGCGUGCCGGGCGCCGAGGACCCCGGUGCCCCCGGCGGGCCCGGCGCGUGCUGGGCGUGCGGGGCCUUCGUCGAGGUGCUGCUGGAGCUCGCCGAGGUCGAGGACUACGGCGCCGUGCUGGAGCUUUUCGAGGCACCCUCCGCGGAGGCGCCGCAGGCCGUCCUGCUGGCCGUGUGCGCCGCGGAG